UCUGGGGCUAUCUCUGGCUAUGACGGCUCAGGGGCAUUCCGAGAGUUAAGAGCGCCACUUCUCACGAACGGAUAGCCGCAACUUCUGUAUAGAACUCUUUCAAGUCGGCGUCGUAUAUUUCCCUACCAAAAAAAGAUUAGAUUUCACAGCCUUGACUCAGGGACCAGUGAUUCACAUCCCGUCUGGUGUCUCGAAAUCCAGCAACUUUUGGAAGCAGUCUUUGAGUUCUUGUAAACUCCCGGCAUGACUUUUGCCAUGCCGGUUCGUGCUUCGUUCAAGCACAAAUUCAAGGUAUAAAGGCCUGAACCCGGCACACAACCUGGGCAUUCAAAAAACUCGCCAUGUUCUCUCAAGCUCUCACUGCUCGCGCUGAUAGCAUCGCUCGUCAUCUCGAGACGAUCUUUCUUUUCACACAAAAUGAUAUCAGAACCACUCUGAUACCUGUCACCAUAUUUGCAUUAUCUGCGGCUCCAAGAUAUGAUCCCAUCCACGCUUGGAAUGCUCCUUUGUGGAUAUGGUUCCACUUAUUGCAGUUCGAUAUUGCCAACCAGAUCCAGGAUCCGGAGGAGGACCGCAAGAACAAACCCUCCCGUCCGAUACCUGCUGGUCGCAUUUCUGUCGACAGCGCAGCUGAUAUACGCUGGGUGAUGGUCCCAGUCUGCUUGAUGCUGUCGUUGUGGUAUGGCACUCAGGCUCUGCUGGCCAGCACCGUUUUUGCGGUGUUCACGAUCUGGUACAACGAACUUCACGGUGAUAAAAUGGGAUUACCGAAGAAUGUACUCACAGCCAUCCUCGGUGGGUGUCUGGAGGUUGGAGGAACCGUUGCUGCUGGUUCUUGCAACUCACGCAUGGACAAAGUCGGUGCUUUGGCGGUUGCACUUAGCUCGACAGUCUUUGCGACUACGCUUCAUGCGCAAGACUUCAAGGAUGAAGAGGGCGAUCGCCUCACUGGCAGGUGCACCCUGCCCACAAUCUUCCCUAAAGCCGCACGCUUUUCAAUGAUGCUCGGCAUUCCCCUCUGGUCAUUUGUCUUGAGCCAUAUCUGGAAGCUAGAUGCGCUCUCUACCACUGCAUUUGUAGCUUACGGUGCAUAUGUGGGGACCCGAUUUGUGAUGUACGACACAGUGGGCGCCGACAAGCAGUCCUGCAAAUUUUAUAGCUUGUGGUACGCGCUCAGCCAUCUACUUCCAGGUUACUGGCGUUUCUUCUAUGGUGUUUGAGUAUCCGGAGCUGAAAGUCGUAUUUAUCCUGUUCUAAUGAUAUACUAUCUAAUAGCUUAUUCUUCUUGUUGUACCACACGAAACAAAUUCAAACUAGUCAAUAAUUGACCUUGGUUACCUGAUA